AUGGUUGGACAUAUUCGACGUUCUUCGUUGCUACCAGGUGGGCGAACAUAUCAAGCAGUGAAGUUUUCUGACUAUCAUCAUCUAGGAUCAUCAAUUGAAGCUAGACGCCGAAACAGCUCGCCAGCCGGUAAUACCGUUGUUGCCUCAAGUGGAACUGGCGCUAAUACACCGAUUAUUGCUAUUGAUAGUAAGAUAGAGCAGGCAAUGGAUUUGGUAAAAACUCAUCUGAUGUUUGCCGUACGUGAAGAAGUUGAUGUUUUAAGGGCAAAAAUUAUGGAAUUAGAAGCUACCAUUUUGCAAUUGGAAGCUGAAAAUGCAAUUCUUCGUGAACAUGUGCCGGUGGAAAUUCUGAAUAAAUUAAGUUUGCAAAUGACACCGACCAAUUCGACUACAACAGCUGCUGCUGUUUGA